AUGCGAAUUGCGUCUGAACCGAGCUACGGCGAAUUCUGCACCAUUGGCGUAUGGCGAAACGAAGAUUGUCGAAAAGUUGUGCGUUCUUCGUUUCAGUCUACCAUCAGCCACAAGACGAGGGAUGAUGUAACGCGGGAUUUGGAACGGUACGGCGGAAUCUGUGACUGUCAACAAACGAAGGAUUCCGUGAUUUAUGCGGCAUCAUGCCAUAUUUCAGGGGUCGAACAAGUUCUCAAGUUGAUUGCCGAUACCGUGCUCAGACCAACGAUAUCUAGCGAAGAAUUUUCGCUCGCGAAAGAAGUAGUCAGAUCCAAUAUCCAGGCAAUCAAUAUGAAGCCGGAACCGGAAGAACUCCUUACAGAUCUGAUUCAUAUGGCUGCCUAUCGCGAUAACACUCUCGGAUUGCCAAAAAUAUGCCCAUCAGAAAAUUUGGACAAAAUUGACGUGAGCAUGCUUUACGCCUAUAUGAAAACUUACUUCACUCCGGCCAGAAUGGUGGCAGCAAGCAUCGGAGUCGAUCAUGACAGAUUCGUAGAGGCUACCAAGCAGUGCUUUGAGGACUCUCCCCCUAUAUGGGAACAGAAUCGCGGCCUGCUGCCGGAUCAUAUGCCUUCUAUCGACGAAUCAGUCAGUCAGUACACAGGUGGCCUGAUGGAGAAAGAUCUGAGCAAUGUAGGCCUUGCAAUAAAUCCUUUUCCCGAACUUGUGCACUUCGCCCUUGGCUUUGAAAGUUGCGGCUAUAAAGAUGAAGAUUUUGUUCCGUUUUGCGUGCUGAAUUCUCUAAUGGGAGGGGGGAAAGGAAUGUACACGCGCCUUUAUCUGAAUGUUCUCAAUCUACACCACUGGUUGUACAACGCUACCAGUUACAACAUGAUAUACUCCGAUUCUGGCCUCUUUUACAUCUACACAAGUGCCGAACCGAGUAAAGUGAGUACCGACGCGAACAUUGUUGCCGAUUUUAAGGAAGAACUAAGUCGAGCGAAAAUCCAGUUGCAGAGCAUGCUGCUGAUGAACUUAGAACAGCGACCUGUCAUGUUUGAAGAUGUUGCCAGGCAGGUCCUGGGUCACGGCUAUCGCAAAUCGCCAUUGGAUUACGUGGAGGAAAUCAAUAAAGUUUCUGCAACAGAUAUUCAUCGCAUUGCAGAACGUCUAUUAAGCAGCAGCCCGGCAGUCGUUGGUUAUGGUACAUUAAGGAAGCUGCCUGAUUACGAGAAAAUUCAGAAAUCGAUUGCUAAAAGAGACGUGUCACAUUUGCGCCCUCAAAAAUUUUAUGCGUUCAGUUAG